AGUGCUGUUCAGCCAUGGAGCUCAAAGCAACAUCUGUCCUGCUGCUCGUGUGCGUCACCAUCAUCAUCCUCACCAGCGCUGAAGUGGAUGCCAUUCCCAGUUGCUGCUUGACUGUUUCAAAAAAGAUCCCUAAACGCAUGCUGCAAUCCGUCUCAAAAGUCAAGAUCCAGAACAAAUCUGGCCGCUGUGACAUUGAUGCAGUGGUAUUAUUCAUCAAAAAAAAGCGGAUCUGUGCUGAUCUCGAAGUCCUACGAUCCUUGAAGAAACUCAAGAAGAAUCACAAACCCAAGCAGACUCAAGCGAAGACUGAAUAAACAUCAUCAUCUGACUUAAAAUGCAUUAAUCUACUGGUGGUUUCAGUAUUUCUCGCAUUGCACGUAUUAAAACAAAUUUUUAGUUUUUACUACAAUAUACUGUAUAUAUUCUUUGUAUGCUCUGCUUUUGGCUGUAAGUUGGUUGAUUUUUCACAUGAACCCAAACAAAUUAAAUGGUUCCAUGAUGUAAUAGAAAUAAUGUGAGUUGAAUAGUAAGUUUACAUGACUUGAUGAGGAAUUGGGAAAGAAGGU